CAUUGACUCCAAGUCAACACUGAUGCUCUCACUCUUUCCAUCUGCACUGCUCCAAGAAUGAUCUCGUGAUACGCUAACAACAACAUCCCGACAACCCUUCUUUCCUACAGCAACAGCGCGUCCCGAACGCGCAACGUUGCAACAUGGCACAUCAACCCAACGACAACGAGACCUCUCCUCUCAUCGUCGUCACCAGGCCCACUGGCCACUCAGAGGAAACCGAGCACGCUAAUGACAAUACAAUGGACACGCGGCUCAUUCUCAAAAUCGCAGCAGCCAUGUACUCCUUCGUCACACUCGGCCUCUUCAACUCCUCCAUCGGCGCCGUCCUCCCGCUACUCUCACGCCACUACAACCUCACAGACCUCCAAGUCUCCUCCAUCUUCCUCGUUAGUCCCAUCGGUUACGUCAUCGCAGCACAAUGUAGCGAUACCGUCCACUACCGCUUUGGCCAACGGGGAAUAGCAAUAGCUGGUCCGCUGCUGCAGAUCUUGGCUACGGCGACUGCGGCGACGCACCCGAGUUUCGGCCUUCUUUUGCUUGCAUUUACGUUACAGGGACUGGGAACGGGUCUUUUAGAUGGGAGUUGGUGUGCGUGGGCUGGUAGUAUGGAGAAGGCGAAUACGGUUUCUGGCCUGCUGCAUGGAAGUUAUUCUGUGGGUGGGGCGUUGGGGCCGUUUGUUGUUACGGUCUUGACUACGAGGCAUUUUAUGUGGUGGACUUGGUAUUCUAUUUUGGCUGGAGCAUGCGCUCUCUCUUUCCUGGUCUUGGUCUUUGCUUUCCGUAAUGAGACUGCAUCGGUCUACCGCGAAAGCAAACAGUCAAGGACUCAUGACCCCAAAGUCGACGUCAAGGCUGUGUUCAAAUACCGAGCGACUUGGUUCUGUGCAGCAUACUUCCUCACCUACGUUGGCAUUGAGACAGCGAUUUCAGGUUGGAUCGUUUCCUUCAUGCUGCGCAAUCGCCACACAACCGCUUACGUGGCUGGUCUCUCUUCCUCGGGGUACUGGAUUGGCAUGGCAGUUGGACGACUGACUUUGGGUUUCGCGACGGAUAAGAUGGGGGUGCGGCGCGCGACUGGUCUAUACUACCUCAUCGCCAUCGCUAUCGAUAUACUCUUCGCUGCUCUAUCGUCUGCGGCUGCUUCCGUGGCCUUGAUGACGAUGCUGGGGUUUAUCAUGGGUCCGAUGUUUCCGUCUGGUGUGGUUGUACUCACGCGGCUGUUACCAGCGGAGCUACAUGUUGCAGCUGUGUCUUUUGUGGCUUCUCUUGGGCAGGCCGGAGCUGCCUUUUCGCCGUUUGCUAUUGGUGCUGUUAUUGAUGGCUUGGGUAUUGGUGUUUUCCGAUUUGCGAUACUCGCUGAGACUGUGGUGGCUUUGCUGGUUUGGUUUGCGUUUGCGAGAUUGCGUCCGGGUCUGCAACAUGUAUCUACUACGCGACAUGAGGAUUGAUACAGGUUGAUUAGGAGAUCUCGUAUGAAUACAAAGCCGCUAUGUUCUCCAACAAUCUCUUGCGAAGUUUUCAUUGA